UUCUGUCCGAACAGCCAGACGGUCGAUUCGUAAGGUCUGAGGCUCCGAACAGGUGUUUUGCUGCUCAACAGGAGGCGAGGCCACGACAGUUUUGUGUGUGUACUGUGUUAUAAAAAGAAACUUAUAUUUCCCGGAAUAUAACAGAUGGCAUUUCGAUCAGGACCAUGAGUGUCUUCGGUGUGAAAUAAGGAAAAUCUGAAAGCUCAAGUCUCGAGAAAGAAACGUUCAAAGUUGAACAGAAAUGCUCUUGUUUGUUCUGCUGCUGUGUCAUUUCACUUCACGUGGACACUGUGGAUGUGUGACAAACCCCCUGAAAGCCGAGUCUGAUCAGGACAGUAAAGUGUUUGUUGUGGACCAAGAGGCCAACACGUUUUUGGGCCGGCACUUGCUGUACAACCGCUUUGAUUUCGAGAUCUUCACUCCGGGUAAUCUGGAGAGGGAGUGUUUAGAGGAGAUAUGCAAUUACGAGGAGGCUCGGGAAGUCUUUGAGAAUAUCCCUGAUACAAAUGCCUUUUGGAAGAAAUAUACAGCGGAUAAAGGCGAAUCCCAAUCAAAAAUUGACGUAACAGCAUUGCUGGUGGGCAUCAUCUCAGCUGGAGUCUUUAUUGUGAUAGUGGGCCUUCUCAUCUGGUACUUCUGCCAUGGGAGAAAUAAAGAUCAUGGUUUUAGAGGGUCCAUCAGGCGACGAUCCACCAGAAGCAAUGCCUCAGUGGUAAUCCGGAGACUGGAGGAGGUCUCUCUACAUCCUAUUCCACAUCCACUCUCAGAAGACAGCACAGGUUUACCUUCUUAUGAGCAGGCUAUUGCCAUCACUGGACCACAUGACGCUCCACCUCCACCAUAUCCUGGCUCCAAGCCUGGCAGCCUCCGACGAUGACAUCAUCAUUUCUCGAACUGAAUCAGCAUGGACUAAGCAGUAUUUUUCUUGCUUUAACUGGAAACGUGUUAAACCCUAAGGCACUCCUUUCUAAUGAUAUUCCCAGGAAAACAGAUGCAUCGUAGCUUAUAGCACUAACUCUGGCGAUUAGUUUGAAGCAAUGAAAUCACCGUCUACCCAGUUCCAAGAUAACUUUCACAAUCAAAUGCCUGCGAUUGUGUUUCUAGCUUCUAUUUUGUAAAUUCUUCUUAAUUUUGUUUGUAAUGAUAUAAAACUUUAAAAAUGGAAAACUGGUUUUGAUAUUAAUUAUUGUAACAAAUUGAAAGACUUAUCAUGGUUUCUUUUUAUUUAACAUGCCGGGCUUUUUAUAAAGGAGAAAAUGUCCGUUUUUUGUUAAUGUCUUUUAUAGUAGAGUUUGACUUCUAAUUUGUUCUGCACAAAUACAAGCAUGCAUAUUUACAAUUGAAGGAGAAAAAUUGAUUGUUUCAGGGCUUUCUUUAAAAAUGUGAUCGGCACACUAAAAACAAGAUUACCUCCUUAUUCUCACAUCAUGAAGAUCACGUCUUUAGCCUACUAGACCUUGUGUAUAUAGGUAAAUAAACUUUUGCUUUGUCUGUGAACUUUCUUUUAAUUUAACAGUUGCGUGUUCCAACAGAGAUUUCUGGAAGUCGUUUUGAUGUCUUUUACAAAAUAUUGGCUGUUCUUUGACAUUAACAUGAUAUCGUUAUGAAAUAUUAAUAGACUCUGUAAUAAACUUUGCUGUUUGUUGACUA